GACUGAAUGAAUUCGUUCUCCUUUUGAAGAUUUUUAAUUUAAACGCGGGAAUUUUCGAACAGUUUACUCCAAUCGGAAUUUAGUCCAUAUAAACUGGAUGUUACUGAAUACCUUUCUCUAUAAAACACUCACACAUACCAAAUAACGAUUAUCGCUGAUAUUUCCGCUUAGAUUAAACGAUGGGAUUUACGUGUUCGGGUCGUCGGUACGAAAUUGUAAAUAAAUUCAAUUCGGUUAUUUUUAAAACGAGCGCUAGUCGAACUGUCGCCGUAUCGGCUACACUAAAUGAAAACCGCUAAUUAACUACCACACAUUUAUUGUAUUUUUAUUAUUGGUGUUGAGAAAACCGUUUUCGUAAUCGACGACGUUCCUAUGACAAUCAGAGAUUAUCAUCCGAUAGUGAGAAUUUAUCCACGGAAUUGAAGUGAUAAGAGAUGUCAUGUGUGAUGAUGGUACAUAUACUUUUCGAUUUCUCUAAUAAAAUCAGUAUUAUCCGGGAGGUGAUACUUUGCGGGAUAUAAUUUUGAGUGACAUUUUUUUUUGGAAAAUGGAUAAAUCACAAAGUGCUUCUAAAACGCCUCCUGACGGGGGAUGGGGAUGGAUGGUAGUUUGUGGCGCUGCUCUUAUCAACAUGGUGAAUCAGGCGAUGUUCGCCAACUUUGGACUGAUUUUUGGGGAAUACCUGAAAAAAAUCGGAGGCGGUCACGCGACUGGAAUCACUUUAGUGUUAGCUUUGAGCGUUGUAGUGACUAAUUGUACGGGACUUAUAGUAGGACCUCUACUGAAAUUAUUAGAUAUUAGGACUUUUACGUUGAUCGGUAUCGGUUUCGUGGGUACCGGUAUGAUCGUUUCCAGUUUUGGUACCGCCACAUGGCACAUCGUUAUCGGAUACAGUGUAAUGACAGGAUUUGGUUUGGGACUUUUGGCUUCUGGUACAUUUUUAGUUAUAAAUGAGUAUUUUACAACGAAAAAAAGUACAGCUGUAGGAAUCUCAAUGGCGGGGACUUCAGUAGGACAAAUGACAAUGCCACCUUUCAUAGGAAUGUUGUUGAAGAAAUACGAUUAUAGUGGCACUACUCUUAUUUUAGGUUUCGUAAGUUAUACUGGCAUCAUCGGAGCCGCAUUUUUCAAGCCGGUAUUCUGUUGUAAAAAAUGGGGUCCAACAGAGGACGUUGCGAGCAUCGAAAACGCUUCCGUAAAACCUACGGGGGAUGUUCAAAAUGAAGUUAAUACCGUAACUAAACCGGAAGAAGAGAAAUUGCUGAAAGCUCCAAUUGUUGAAAGAAAAGUUUCGAUAAACGAUCGGAAUAUUUCUAACGGCGAUACCACCGUUUCGAAUAACGACAAUAAACCUGUCAGCAGCGGAAGGAAAAUCUCGAAUACGGAACGUAAAAUUUCAUCGGCGAAAGGAAUGAUCAAAUCUUAUAGUCAAGGAAUACUGAAAAGCCACAUCGAAGAUAAUUAUAACGAAUCUGCUAUGGAACUAGGAAAUAGCCAUUUCAAGCUGAAUCAUGAAGAUAAAAAUCACCACUGGUUCCGAAAAAUCAUCAAUACCUUAGGUUUCGAUUUACUAAAAGAUCCUAUCUACGUUCAUAUUGUAGUAGGUUUAGGUUUAGUUUACGUUUCGACCGUCUCGUUCGGGGCAUUUUUUCCUAUAUUUUUACAAGACGAAGCCGAUUUGACGGUGUUUCAAACGACAACCGUGAUGACUUGUUUAUCAUCGGCAGACGUAUUAGGAAGGAUCACCGCUUCGGAAAUUUGCAGAAGAAUGAAAUUCAGUAAUAGAAAAUUCUUCAUGUUCGGUACCGUAAUGUUGUCGCUUAUGCGUUCAGUUGAGAUUUUGAUGCCGAAUUAUACUUCUUUAAUGAUAGUUGCGUUUAUUGUUGGUUAUUGGCGAGCAGUCGCCGUGAUAAAUCAAAAUUUGGUCAUAUCCGAGUAUAUUUCAAAAGAGAAAUUACCAUCUGCCGUUGGUCUUAAUAUGGUUACCAAAGCUUUAUUAUCAUUAACGGUAGGACAAAGUUUGGGUUUGUUGAAAGAUUUGUGGAGCUACGGUGCGUGUAUUCACACGUUAAACAUCAUGGCGAUAGUUGUCAUAUUGUUGUGGUCUAUAGAAAUGUUCAUCAGACACGUGAGGAAACCGAAAACAACCAUUAUCAUUGACGUUAAAGACGAAGCUGUCAGUUAAUAUUUUCUAGUUUUAGUAUAUAGUGGAUCAAAACAGACUCGUAUUUCUAUUGAUGUGUAUAUAAUAACUCAAAUAAGUAUUUUUUUUAAAUUUUAUCUACUAAUUUAGUAUCUAGAUAUUCGCAUAUGGUGACAAUUCAAGGAGAUUAUAUUUUCUUUAUUCUGGGAAUUUUUAAAUGACUCGUUCAUAUUUGAACUCUAUUUACGAUUGUUUUAUUUAUAGAUAUCCGAAAAUAUCGAAACUUAAUAAAAACACGUUAGUUUAGCGUUUUCGAGAACUCACAAUCUAGUUAGUGAUAAAAUAAACGGACCCAAGCUAAAAUAAUUGAACCUAACCUAGUCUUAUCGAAGCAAAAGUAAAUCUAACCUUAUUGAAGCUAAAAUAAAUCGGUCCUAAGCUAAAAUAAUCGGACACAAGCUAAAAUAAUUGGAGCUAAGCUAAAACAAUCGAACCUAACCUAAUUUAAUCCAAGCUAAAGUAAAUUGAAGUUAAAAUAAUCGAACAUAAGCUGAAAUAAUCGAGCAUAAUCUAGUCUAAUCGAAACAAAAGUAAACCUAACCCUAUUGAAGCUAAAAUAAUCGAACCUAACUUAGUCUAAUCGAAGCAAAAGUAAAUCUAACCUUAUUGAAGCUAAAAUAAAUCGGUCCUAAGCUAAAAUAAUCGGACACAAGCUAAAAUAAUUGGAGCUAAGCUAAAACAAUCGAACCUAACCUAAUUUAAUCCAAGCUAAA